AUGUCCCGUCGUCGCGCCUCGAUUUUUGCGCCACUUCUCGACGCGAUGCCUCGCUUGUCCACGUCGACGACGUCGGCGCUAAAGAACGAUGCGACGACACCAGUCGCCGCACCCGUAGAUUCACCCACACCGACCCGAACACGCGAGAAGAAUUUCCACAGACUGUACACGACCGAUGAAGACGAAGAACCAAAAUGGGAGCGCAAGUCGAGCAACCACGUGCACAUGCCACGCUUGACCGAAGCCGAAACCGGUUUCAAUAAUGACGGUACCAUCAAAGUCCCGGAUGCGCCUCGCGUGGCUGGUUUCAAUCCGCUCGAGCAAAUGUUCCGCUGGCCCGAUGGUUCCCUGAGAAAAGAGUACCCGCCCAGGAAUCCGUACGUCGUCGCAGCGCGUCGCAAGGCCGCAAGACUAGUGCAUUUUUGCAGGAUUACCGGGGGCGAUGAUGAGAGCACGAAAGGAAAAUCAUAUCGACAAAACGUCGGCGUGUUGUGGAGCGCGCACGCGCGAUACCUGACGGAGAAGCUAGGAAUCCAUCCUGAAGUGAACGACGAAGGAGAAUUCUACGGUUUCGAUCCAGCGAAAACGGAUCCACUUCGUGACCCCGAGCACGCGGUGAAUCAGGAUUUCGCCGCCGGUGGUUCAUCGUACGACGAAAUCAAGAAGGAGGAAGAAGCGGAAUUUGAAUCGAUGCUGGUUCAACGCUUCGAAGACGUUCAAAGCGGGGAGGCCAACAAAUCUCGAUUCGCAAACGAGAACGUGGAAGGACCCGGCACCUUUGUGCCGUUCAGGUGCAAAGUCGCCGGCGAGACCGAUCCCGUCGAGAACGCUUUCAAGCGCACGGGUCUCGACGAAAUCGAAUGA